GUGUGUACAAAUGUUUCUGCUUUUGAACGCUCAGUCCGCGUGGCUGAAUUGUAGCGGUAGAUAACACAUGCAUACAACAUAUAAGUUUACCAAUAAUCUGACGGGAAUAAACACAUAGGCCUUUUGGUCUGAUUUUCUUUUUUCCCCCUAGCUUCAAGUAAAGCAGUUAUGGACCAAGAGUCCUGGCUGAACUGUGAGAAGGCUGCUGUCUUUCAGGGUGGGUUUCUUCUGGCUAAUCAGUUAUGCCAGCCUGAACCUCUGACCGCUUUAAGAAAAGAGGACUGGAAGCAUGUUGGACGCCCUAUUGUCCAGGCUGUUACUGAAAUAUUAGGACAGUUGUGUGUAACCAACCUUGAGAGGCUUCACUGGAGAAAGAGGAUUCUGUGUAUUCUAUGGAACAAAAUAUUGGAGAAGGAGAAAGUGGAUGAUAUUGAUAUCAGUUGGAAGGAAAAUCCAUUUUUUGCCUUUCAGAAUAGCCUCCCUGAUAUAAAUCAUACAGUAAUGUUUGAACUGAUUAAAUCCCUGGGCUUCUUCGGCAUCUAUGUUGAGUUCCUUCAGUGCUUUGAAUCAGUCCAACAGUGCAGAGAGCUGGAGAAAUUAAUGAAACAUGUUACAACGGACAGUACAGAAGCGGAUGUGAAAUUCUUGCUUGAGGUGUGGUGGGAGCUGUUAAAAGGAAGGAAAGAAACAGAGGACAACCUAGACCAAGUCUUUACUGCUCAGUGUAUUCGUCUCACACAGACCCUCCCUGACUGCACACCACAAGCUUCAAAACGAUUUAAGCCAGACCCAGAUUUGGACAUGUCUACCACAUGUGUAAUGUCCAUCCUAUUCCAAGCUCUAAAGGACAUAAAAGAUACUAUAACUUCAUCUGAGAUAUGCUAUUUUGCUCUUUCCAACUGUCUCGACAUGCUGUACACAUUCUAUCUGUUAAAAGAUCCAACAGACCUCCCAGCUUUAGUCAAAAUCCAAAACAUUGCCCAUUCUGUAAGCCUGCGAAAGAGGAAUAAUCCUUUGGAAGGGGUUGAUCUUAUUCAGGCCAUUCAUGAGUGUCACAGAGAUCUUGCUGCCGUACUAACUCCUGCUCAGAGCAAGCCAAGUGGAAUUACACUGAUCCAAGCCAUGGAUACAAUACUUGAGUUAAUAAUGAUUUGGAAAAACAAGGGGUUAUUAAGCAUGUCUACUAAAAACCCGAGUGCUUUAGCAGUCCGUCUCCAGGAUAGUCUGGGCAGAGUUCUUAAGUCUUUGGAAGUCCAGUCUGGGAACUUGGAGGGAAAUGGACAAACAGUAAAUAGUUUGAAAAGAACUUUGGAAGAUUUGCUUGCAUCUGCCUCUUUUAAUGUUCCAGAAAGUCCAUCAAAUGAAAUAGCAAAUAUUGCCAUAAUAAUAAUUGACAACAGUCUUAAGGGGUUCGAGGAUCUCCCUAAAGUUUUUGCCUCCAAACUGAGCCAGACUGUCAGUGAUACAGAGUGGCUAAGCUGCCUUGAGAGAAACAAAUGUGCAUUUCAGAAAAAAGACUCUCUCAUGGCUUUAGUCUCUUCUCUUAUAUCCAAAUGCCAAAGUGAUGCUGAUGUAAAACACUGCAGAAAAUUCAAGAAUAUUGUUGUGGAAAUAUUUUGUCAGCUGUCUUUACCAGACAAGAAUACAAUUCUUUCUAAAAUUCUUACCUUAUCAGAGAAAGGUUUGCAUGGGUGCCUUCCCAGCUCUGUAACUAUAGGCUAUGAUGAGGAGCUAAAUUUGGCUUUUAAUUGCAUUAUUCAAGGUGAAGCAAAAAGCAAUCUGUGUUCUGCCGUCAGUGCUAUUGCUCGUGUGGCUUUCCAGAACCCCGAGGCCACCAUGCGCCGGUGCUGCCACAUGGCUGUAGUGAACCUUGGUGCUCAUUCGCUCCUUGCUCAGAUUCUCCAGCAGCUUUCUGGUCUGGUAAACACAUUAAAGAACCAGAGUGGGACAAGAAACAAAGAGUUCAACUUGUUAUGCAGAUGCCUACAGGAUACUAUGUGGAACAAACUCUCUUCACCUCAAGAGGAAGACCAGUUUCUUUGUUUCCUGUCGUUAUUGCUGGAGUCCAACAUCACUGAUCAAAGGGGAGAAGAACUAAGCUUUCUCUUACCAGAGGAUAUUGUACAAGCUUUGUUCUUACCUUGUCUCUCAUUUUCAUUUCCUCAGCCCUGCAGGCUUGAAGUGUGCCUACGACUUUUACAAUCAGCUUUGGCCCGUGUAUCCACAGAUGAGGAUACACAAUGGAUAAUGAACUGCUCUCCAUUUGUUCUCCUAUACUGUCUUGCUCAGCUUUUAAAUAAUUGCAGUAAGUGCUGGGAGCAACAAUUAGAGGGUGAUAUUGGUUUAUCUCUUGAAUCCAAAGAACUGUUGAUCUCCAUUCUGCCCACAGUGGGCAAGGCAGUUGGCAAGGAAGUGGGUCUAGCUCCUAGUACUUGGUCCAGAGCCCUUUCUUGGCUUUAUGCAAAAGUGGAAGAGCUUGACUGGACUGUUCGCAUUCUUUUAAAAGAAGUAUGGGGCAAGCAUUUCAAAUAUGAGGUGCCAAGCUCUCUCAUAAUGGUAGCUGAGCUUUCUGAGCAGGAGUGGUCUGGUUUGGUGUUGCCUCACUAUGGCCAAGGAACUGGCCUACUGGCCUGGAUUGAAUGCUGUUGUCUCUCAGAUCAUGUUCAGGAAAUAAUGCUGGACUCCUUAUCUCUAAAUUUGCUCAACCCAGAGGAAGUAACUAUGUUCAGUAAAGGCUUGUUGGUGGCAGUGUCUCAAGUUCUCCCCUGGUGUACAGUUGGUGAAUGGCAGCGACUACUGAAAGUGUUGUGUGAACUCCUCCAGUCAGAAAAGCUUCAUGUACCAUAUUCCCUGGAAUAUGUGGACUUCCUUCCAUUACUUGACCUUCGUUCGUUUGCUCAUGAUUUGCAGUUGUCGGUGUUCCUGCUGCGUAUGUUUCAGCUUCUAUGUGGUUCCAGCUGUGCAGGAUGGCUACCUUCCCAGGGUUGGGCACAUGUAGGCCGGCUCUGUGCUACUGCCAUGAGGGGCAUCAUAGAAACUGUGAAGAAGAAAAUGCCAAUCCAGACCACCACCACCUCCACUAAAAGCCCCAUAAUGAGUAGUGGAGAUCUCUGUAAGGAAGUUCUGUUUGUGCUGACUCAGCUGUACUGUCAUGCGCUCCACAUGCAGGUGAUGAUACCCGGACAGCCAGAACCUUUGUAUUUGUGUGCACUCGAUAUUUUGUCCCACUAUGAAGUUGUACUGUCUGCAUACCCUAAAUGCACCACUGCUGUACAGGUAGCCAAUACACGCCACUUCUUUACAACCAUUACAGACAACCUGCAAUGCAUGGACAUGAGAGCUGUCCUGCACCAGAAGAUUGCUCAGCUCUGAUGAUUAAAUGGGAAAAUAAUGUUCUUGACUUACAAAUAAAUCUCUUGAUUGUUCAAUUAACCUUCACAAUAAAAUCCUAUUAGCACAGCA